AUUUGCCAGAACUUGAUAGUGUUUAGUCUUUUAUUGUUAUCUCCUUCGUACAGUAGGAGUAGUGUGUGCCUCAUUUUGAUGCGCAUUCAUGCACCGCCCUCCCCCUCCGCUCGAUUUGUCCCACACUGCGAUCCGUCGGUCGUCCAAGCGAAAUUGCUUCGGUGCGCUGCAGAUGAACUGCUGGUUGAAAAAAUGGAAAGCGAUACGGCAGUCCGGAGAAUAAAACCCUCCGGGAUUCCGCGCUACGGCGCGGGGGACGGAGAUGGAGCCUGUGGCGGGAACUGUGAGGAUAACGGCUACAGCGGCGACCCGAAGAGGAAGCCCGAAGUGAGGCUGCUCUUAAUGCAGGAAGGACUGGCGGCUGCGCUGCUCUCUGGGUUUGUUUUGCUGCUGUGGGGACUCGUUCAUUUGUCGCUGCAGCAGCUUGUCAUCGGGAAGCCGAGUGGAGAGUUUAACGCGGAGAGAGCAAGGCAACACUUGGAGCAGAUCACCAGCGUCGGCCCUCGGCCCGUCGGCAGCCAGGAGAACGAGGUCCUGACGGUGGGCUACCUGUUGGAGCAGAUAGAGGACAUCCGGGCGAGGACGGCAGCGGGGCCUCACCAGGUCACCGUGGACGUCCAGCGCCCCACCGGUUCCUUCUCCAUUGACUUUCUAGGAGGCUUCACAAGUUACUACGACCGCGUCACCAACAUCGCAGUGAGGCUCGAGCCCAAACGUGGAGCCCAGCACCUCAUGCUCGCCAACUGUCACUUUGACACCGUGGCCAACAGCCCAGGUGCCAGUGACGAUGCGGUGAGCUGCGCUGUGAUGCUGGAAGUCCUCCACGCUCUGGCCAACCAGUCCACUCCUCUCCAUCACGGCGUUGUCUUCCUCUUCAAUGGGGCCGAGGAAAAUGUCCUGCAGGCCAGUCAUGGUUUUAUUACCCAGCAUCCCUGGGCCAAACAAGUUCGUGCUUUCAUUAACUUGGAGGCUGCAGGCGUCGGCGGCAAGGAAGUUGUUUUCCAGACAGGGCCGGAGAACCCGUGGCUCGUCCAGGCUUACGUUGAUGCGGCCAAACAUCCCUUCGCCUCGGUGGUCGGACAGGAGGUCUUUCAGAGCGGUGUCAUUCCCUCCGACACGGACUUCCGCAUUUAUAGGGACUUCGGAAACAUCCCAGGCAUCGAUCUUGCGUUCAUUGAAAACGGUUUUAUCUAUCACACCAAAUACGACACGGCCAACAGAAUCCCGACCGACUCCAUCCAGAGAGCCGGUGACAACAUCUUGGCUGUUUUGAAGCACCUGGCAAUGUCAGAGAAGCUGGCAGACUCCUCAGAGUAUCGCCAUGGAAACAUGGUGUUUUUUGACCUGCUGGGGGUGAUUGCCGUUGCCUAUCCAGCUCGCGUUGGCACCAUCAUCAACUACAUGGUUGCUGCAGCCACCUUCCUGUAUCUAGCCAAGAAGGCGUCUCUGCCCGGCAAUCGAGGCGGGCGUUAUGUUCGGGACCUGGCCUGUGCCACUGGUGUAGCGGUGCUGGGCUGGUUCGUCACUCUGCUGUUGGUGCUCAUUGUUGCUCUUCUGAUCACUCUGCUGGGACGCUCCAUGUUUUGGUACACUCACUUUUAUGCUGCCAUCUGCCUGUAUGGAGCUGCAGCCACCGGGAAAAUGAUUCUCAUUCACACACUGGCCAAAAACCUAUACUACGGAGGCGUCCGUCUGGUGGAGCUGGGCGAUCUGUAUUUUGACGUGAGCUUGCUGCUCUGGUGCUGCAGCCUGGUGUGGCUCACCCAGCGGGGUUUGUGUUCAGCCUACGUUCCCAUGCUGAUGGUGGCCUUCCCCCUGGUCACCAGGCUUCUGCUGACAAAGGAAUUUAAACACAGAGGAGCAUCACUGAAGUACAGCGGCCUGUAUCUUUUGGGCCUUUCGCUUCCCUAUGUCCACUUCAUGUUCCUCCUCUGGGUGGUGUUUGAGAUUUUCACCCCCAUCAUGGGCCGCAGUGGCACGGAGAUCCCCCCUGAGGUGGUGAUGGCCUCUUUGGUCACUUUGGCGAUCGUUAUCCUCUCCUCUUACUUUCUGCAUUUUGUCUAUCUGGUGAGGAGCACUAAGUGGAUCCUGGCAGCUCUGGGCUCCGUGUUCGUGGUUACGUUCCUGUUGGUGUCGGCCGGCCUCUUCUUUCCUUACUCCGGGAAUCCAAACACCCCACGGCCAAAGAGGAUAUUCCUGCAGCAUACGACUCGGACCUUCCACAACCUGCAGGGCCAGGUGGAGAGCAGAGACUCUGGCAUCUGGAUCAACAGCUUCGACUUCACCGCAGUCCAGCACAUCACUCCUCAGAUCCCCGAGAUCAACGACAGCAUCCGAACCCGCUGCCGAGAGGACCGGCCCUUCUGCGGUUACCCCUGGUUCCUGCCUGUGAAGUUCCUCAGCAGGAAGAACUGGUACCUUCCCGCCCCGGAAGUGUCUCCUGGUUCUCCGGUGGAUUUCAGCCUUUUGUCCAAGGAGGAGACGAGCUGGGGAACUGUCAAGAUGACUUUCAGCGUCAAAGGGCCCAGCCACAUGUCUCUGUAUCUGAUGCCUCACAGAGGAGCCAGUCUGUCUACCUGGUCUCUCGGUGAUGGGAUGCCUCAGAUUGACCUGAACGGAGAAUACUUUGUCUUUUAUUCCCACGGCCUCGAUGCCGCUACAUGGACCUUUUGGUUUGAAAUACAGCCCCCCACAGAACCAGACCCAGCCGGCCCUGAGGGGAUGAUCUCCGUUGCCAUAUCGACGCACUAUUUCUUCGGCGAAGACCGACGGACUGCUCAGCUGGAGGAAAUGCUCCGGAAGUUUCCCAUCUGGGCUUUCCCCUCCUCUUGGGUCAGUACCUACGACAUGUACCGGUACUGAGGACAUCGCUACUGAAACGGAGGAGCGGCGCCGGCCCACUGAGACAGCUCAGGGAGCAAAUCUGCUGCCUUUUACACUAAUACCCGCCCCGCGUGACGCCCUGCCUGAGAGAGAGACCUCCAUCACUGUGUCGGCGGGCUGAGCAACUGACUGAGCAGCAUCGGUGCUCAGGCCACCACAAGCCUCAUGCUCUCUACUGGGUUAGCGAAACAAAGGAGUCUUAAGUUUGAUUUUUCUUUUGUUUUCUUUUUCUUUUUGUACUCAGCUGUGCCUUGGAUUUCCACACUCUCACUCUUCUGCCCUCACCUUUCGUCCCUCUCACACGCAAGCGCUGAAUCACACCGCGCGUGUAAGUCGCUCUGUUUACCAGCAAACCUCCCGGGCUGCCGUCACACUAAACGUGCCUCUGGAUCGGCUGCAGAUGUCUGUACCGUCUUGACGGGGAGACGCAAACCUGCUCUCACGUCGGCUUAUUUUUAUAAAGUGAAAAAAAAAAAAGAGAGAAGCUAAUCGUGCGCUCCGUCAAAUAUAUGUUGCAAAUCCCGACGACUAACCAUGAGACUGCUUAUUGUCCCUUCCUGUCCUGCAGAUUUAAUGCGAACAACAUCCACAAGUUCAAAUGAGAAAUGUUAAUAUCUGCUCAAGCUGUUAAAAGGUGUGCAGCGAAAUCAGAAAGAACUGUGUUUCUAAAAGUUCUCUAGAAGGGAUAUUCAGAGGCUAGCUUAACAGAGUAAGAAAGAAAGAGAAUCCCUUCUUUGUUUUAUUUUUCUUUUAAAAUGUAUUCCUCCCAUUCUGUUCCACACCGAAGUGAUGCUUAUUGACAUUUCGUCUUGCUUUAACGUUACUUUUCUUAAACCUGAUUAGCCUUCAUGGGGUCUGCAGCAGUUCCAGUGACUUUCUUUUCAUUAACUGGAUUUGUUUUGUUCCACUGGGUUGUUCUGUUGUCUUUUUCUGGCUCCAAAUGAAUCUAAGCAAUGAGGAAUUAGUUAGAAUCUAAUUAAGUUCCUUAAUAGAACGGCGAAAGUUUAGCGAGCUUAAUACAAAUUUGCACAUUUAAUUAGGAAACACUACAGCAAAAACAUUCUUAGUUUUAAUUUCAUUACCUUUGCUCAUUACAUUAGUGGACUGCUAUUUUACCACAAUUUGUUCAUUAAUUUUUUAUUUUAUGGAUUGCUGCUUUUAAUAAGUAGCUCCACAGUUAUUCAAGCUAAAA